CUUUCCCCGCCUUGGUCAUACUGAAUUUGUGAUUUUUUGCAAAUAAAUUUUAUUCGCAGGUAAAGAAAGUACUUUACCUGUGCAAUGUGUGCCAUUUAAUUAGCAAAACCCUUUUCGCAACAACUCAAUGUCAAGAAGAGUUCGUGUACACUCCCCCAAAAUAAAGUGAAAUGGCAAGAAAGUGAUUUUUGCGACGAACAACUGUUUGUGUAUUUGUACUUAGUGACGUGCGCUUGCUGCGCUGCUGCAGCGCUGCUUCCCCCCCGACUGCAACGCAAAAACGCAACAAAAGUUGGAUAGCUGAAUAAUAAAAAUCGGUUUCAAAUAAAAAACCGAGUGAAAUGGAGAAGUUUCCGCUGAAGGGCAGUCGAGAGGCGGCCGCCGAGGGCAACAACUACAUAACCGCCUACCAAACAGUAAUGAAAAAGUCCAACGGCCACACAAAUGGAGGAACCAGUGGCGAUGGGGACGGUAAUUUUCGCGACCACCCGCUAGCCCAGCACUCAAAAUUGACCACCUCGCUGACGGCGGCGGGCACCGACGAGGAGGAUAUGAUCGACAUCACACCGCGCUCCAGUCCGGGUGAUGUGAUUGGCGGCGGCGGCGGCGGCAGCAGCAGCGGCUAUCACCGGGAAACGGCUACCGAGUCCGAUACGGAACGCGACUUCGGCCAGUCGUCCAAUCAUCACAAUCAACGGACAAUGCACCAGCAUCACCAUCACCAUCAGCAUGUGCCAACUCACAGUGCCUUCGGUGAACCCAUGGACGGAGCUCUCUCCUUCUAUGGCUCUUCGGAUGUACAAGACGAUAUACCGGGCAUUGGACAAUAUGAGGAUUUUCAUACCAUCGACUGGCAGAGGGACAUUGCCCGAGAUCGCAUGCGACAUCGUUAUAUAGUCAAGAAACGACAGGACUCUGUCUGGGAUCUGAUAAAAGGCUCUAUAGAUGCUGGUUCUGGUUGGUUGUGUGUUUUGCUUGUUGGUAUUGCUGCUGGUUGUGUGGCGGGCAUGGUGGACAUUGGCGCCAGUUGGAUGUCAGAUCUUAAGCAUGGAAUUUGUCCACCCGCCUUUUGGUUCAAUCGCGAGCAGUGCUGUUAUCCGGCCAAGCAGUCUGUUUUUGAAGAGGGAAACUGUUCCACUUGGAAAACCUGGCCAGAGAUAUUUGGACUGGAUCGCACUGGUACUGGCCCCUACAUCGUUGCAUAUAUUUGGUAUGUGCUUUGGGCAUUGCUUUUUGCUGCACUGAGUGCAUCUUUGGUGCGGAUGUUUGCACCGUAUGCCUGCGGAUCGGGUAUACCCGAGAUCAAGACCAUCUUGUCGGGCUUCAUCAUUCGCGGUUAUCUGGGAAAGUGGACGCUGCUGAUCAAAUCGGUGGGUCUUAUGCUUUCCGUGUCAGCCGGCUUGACUCUGGGCAAGGAGGGACCCAUGGUCCACAUUGCCAGUUGCAUUGGCAACAUACUAUCGCAUCUAUUUCCCAAAUACGGCCGGAACGAGGCCAAGAAACGAGAGAUACUGUCGGCAGCCUCAGCGGCAGGUGUCUCGGUGGCUUUCGGAGCACCAAUCGGAGGAGUUCUCUUUUCACUAGAGGAAGUCUCUUACUACUUUCCACUGAAGACACUCUGGCGGUCCUUCUUCUGUGCCCUGAUUGCGGCUUUCGUCUUGCGAUCGUUGACUCCAUUUGGCAACGAACAUUCCGUGCUUUUCUUCGUGGAAUACAACAAGCCCUGGAUAUUCUUUGAACUUAUUCCGUUUGUGUUCUUGGGCAUCAUGGGAGGUGUCAUUGGAACGUUCUUCAUCAAGGCCAAUCUGUUCUGGUGCCGCUACAGGAAAUUCAGCAAGCUGGGCCAGUAUCCCGUCAUGGAGGUGCUCUUUGUGACCCUUGUCACUGGCAUCAUUUGCUACCCUAAUCCCUUCACCCGCAUGAACAUGAACGAGCUGAUCUUUCUGUUGGUCAGCAAAUGCUCGCCCGGCGAUGUCACCAAUCCCUUGUGCGAAUACAAACGCAUGAACAUAACAAUGGGCAACAGCAUCAUAGAGGUCACACAGCCUGGCCCUGGGGUUUAUAGCUCCAUUUGGCUUUUGAUGCUCACCUUUAUACUGAAACUUGCCCUCACCAUCUUUACGUUUGGCAUGAAGGUGCCGGCUGGUCUGUUUAUACCGUCCCUGCUACUGGGCGCCAUUAUGGGUCGCAUCGUUGGAAUCGGCGUUGAACAAUUCGCCUACAGCUACCCGAAUAUCUGGUUCUUUACCGGCGAAUGUGCGGAUAGCAACCUCAUCACACCUGGAUUGUAUGCUGUUGUGGGCGCUGCGGCUGUGUUGGGUGGUGUUACGCGCAUGACAGUGUCCCUGGUGGUGAUUAUGUUCGAGCUGACAGGUGGAGUGCGGUACAUCGUGCCCCUGAUGGCUGCGGCCAUGGCCUCCAAGUGGGUGGGCGAUGCUCUCGGCAGGCAGGGAAUAUACGAUGCGCAUAUUGCGUUGAAUGGUUAUCCGUUCCUGGACAGUAAAGAGGAGUUUGCACACACCACCCUGGCUGCGGAUGUGAUGCAACCAAAGCGCAACGAAACGUUGAACGUCAUUACCCAGGACUCUAUGACAGUGGACGAUGUGGAGAAUCUACUGAAGGAAACGGAACACAAUGGCUAUCCGGUGGUGGUCUCCAGGGAGAACCAAUACUUAGUGGGAUUUGUACUGCGCAGGGAUCUUAAUUUGGCCAUUGGCAACGCCAAGCGUCUCAUUGAGGGGAUCAGCAGCAGUUCUAUAGUAUUAUUCACUUCCACGCAGCCCACUCAAAACCUGGGCCCCCAGCCUCUGAAACUAAAGAAGAUUCUGGACAUGGCGCCGAUCACCGUAACGGACCAGACGCCUAUGGAGACAGUGGUGGAUAUGUUCCGUAAACUUGGACUACGCCAGACAUUAGUGACACACAAUGGUCGCCUACUUGGAGUAAUUACCAAGAAAGAUGUGCUGCGUCAUGUGAAGCAGAUGGAUAACGAAGACCCCAACACGGUGCUCUUCAACUGAAUUUAUCAGCCAAUAAGAAGCUGGGCGAGCACUGCUUCUAGUUAUUAUUAUUAUUAUUAUUAUUAUUGUGUGAAUUAUCGCAAGAAAACCAACAAUAUUUGAUAUGUGCAAAAUGCAGAUUGCAAUCUAAGCUUAAGUGAAAAGUUGGGAACCGACCCGUGGAAUGUGAAUUGGACUGAAGAGCGGAUUAGUAAAGCCUAGGAUCAGACGUUCGAGCGUGAGAGAUUUAGCAAAAUUGUGUGCAGUUCUAUAUUAUAUAUUUAUAUAUCGCGUAUAUCUCGUUAAUGUUAAUUGUAUAAUUUAUUUUACGCUAGGCAAAUGGUUAUAAAGAUGUACAUUCAUUUAAUGCCAUUCUGUAAUUACGUCAAAUGUGAAACAAUCUUUUUUAUAAACAUUAUAUACACACAUAUUAUUUUUGUACAUCACAUUCUCGAGCCUGAUAAAGAGUGUACACACUAUUGAAUGUUUAGUUAAUGAUAUUUACAAAUUUAUUAAUUUUUUUUUUAAAUCAAUUAUUUUUAUACUUUUUAACUAAUAUUGCCCAA